AUGUCCGCGCCGAUCCUCAUCCCGCGCGAUGUGGUGCCCCCCGACCCUCAAUCUGUCCACUACCCGGGCUUUGUGGUGUAUCAAGACCCCCAUAUCGCCCUCCCUUCCUCUUCCCAACUCGCCGCCGUGGCCUUGGGUGAAGACCACUCUACCCCUGAUGUGGAGGUGAACAAGGAGAACGCAGCUCCGCCACGUCCCAGGACGUCCAAGGCGUCCAAGCCCGGGACACCUUCAGACGCAGCGUGGCUCAAAGCUGGUCUGGCCUCUCCCUCGUCCGUUGGUUCCUCCAAGAUUGUGGUCCCCCCUUCUCCGCACCCCAAGCAUGUGCAGGACUACCUGGCAACUCCGCGUCCUAUCAAGACCCCAAAGGAUCGCAAGCUGCCAUCUGUCGCCGCUGCCGCGACUGGCCUUGCAGCUUCGACCCCCGCUCGCAUCGCAUUGACCCCAGACGAUCGCAAGAAGAUGCGUCUUGCGCUGGAAGAAGAGGUCGAUGAAGGCGAAGGUGACGACGAUCAACUCGCCUGA